GUUUGGCCGUUGGGGCCGUGAGCAGGCGGCGGCGGGAGCCCCAGCCCGGGGCCUCCAUCCCGGGGCUUUUCCAGCGGGGAUCCCGCCGGGCACCUCCCUCCACCCGCCUGCCCAGGUGCCCGAAGCCGCCGUCCCCCGCCCACGGACAGCCUGGCGCUCCGCAGGGGCGCGAUGAGCGCGGUGGACUGCACGGCGGGGGCUCCGCGCUGCGCCAGGCUGCCAACCCCCCGUGCCUCUUCCAGAUCUGCUGAGUCCCACUCUCCAAGCCAGGAGGAUUUGAUUUCUCUCCCAUCCGUCAGUGAGCGCUUGGCCCAUCUUAACCCUUCCCAGGAGCUCCUGGAAUAUUACCGCAAGAAGAUUGCUGACUUCGACGAGGAACAUGAGGAGCUGAUAAAAAGGCUGGAGAAAUACAAACAAACCUAUGAUGAGCAGCACCAGUUGCAGUGGGAAGUCCGCCACUUGGAAGAGGAGAUUGUGGAGCUGCAGAAGGCUUUGAGUGAUAUGCAGGUGUUCCUCUUCCAGGAGAAGGAGCAAGUCCUCCGCCUGUACUCGGAGAAUGACCGGCUGAAACUCAGGGAAUUGGAGGACAGAAAAAAAAUCCAACAACUGCUGGCUGUACUGGGAGCAGAUGCAGGAGAAGUUACAUACUUUCAUAAGGAGCCUCCACAUAAGGUUACUGUUCUGCAAAGGCCAGCAGAGACCCAGGAACAAGAUGAUGUUUCUAGCACAGUAGGUACAGAGAAGAGCACUUCAAAACUAACAGCCAAAGGAGAAAAAACGGGAAGUUCUGAGAGAUAUCAAAAACAUGAUGAAACACUUCUUCUACAGGUGAAGGCCCUGCAAGCUCAGCUGGAAGAACAGACACGAUUAACCAAGGAACAGGUUGAGGCACUUCUCGAGGACAGGAGGAUUCAGAUGGAGGAGGCUGAGGUCCGGCAUCGGAGGGACCAGGACAAGAUAAAAGCUAUAACAGAAAAGCUCCACAAAACCCAAAAUCUCUUAUAUGAGAGUACCCGUGACUUUCUGCAGCUCAAGUUUAAUACCAGAGCCAAUGAGAAAGCAUGGAUGGCAGAGAAGGAUAGUCUGUUGAGGAAACUGGCCAAAGAUCUGGAUCACCUUGUUUUCAGCACAGAGUCAGGAAAAAAGAAGCAGAAAGAGCUGAAGAAGAUGAUUCAAGAAAAUGAUGGAGCUUCAAAACUCCAGAGCAGAGAAGUAAAGUUCCUACAGGACAAGCUAACUCAGGAGAAGCACCUGUCACACAUGUACAGAGAGCAGUGUGUCUCCCUGGAAGGGGAGGUGGCUAGGAUCCGUGAGGAGAGAGAUGCUGGCAAAGAGCUCUUUAAGGAUCGCUCAGAGAAGAUGAUGAAGCGCCUGAAACUGAUGACUCAGCGAUGCGAAGCCUUGGAAAAACGUCGGAGUAUGGAAGUAGAGGGCUUCAAGAAUGAUGUUAAACAGCUGCAGCAGAGACUGAAAAAUGUAGAGAAGCAGAUUUAUAAGGUGGCUUUGCAUUUGGGACCAGACCAGGAUCUUGCAAUUCUACGUGAGGUCCGCCAAGGAAACAGGCUAACACGUAAAAUUCAAGGAGAACUAAAAGACUUAAAAACAAAAAUUUACAUCUUAGAAGAUGAACUACGGCAUUGCUGAAGCUGAAUUAUUAUCUGGCAUCCUGAUUUUAGGAAUAGGACAUUGCUAGGCUUGACUAGUCACAUGCAAGAACAGCUCCUGCUCGUUUGUUUCCUGGCACCCAUUGACAGAAGGUUGAGGAAAGCUGCAGUUCAUGUCAUAAGUGUACAAGAGCCAUUCCUGUGUACCAGAUUAUACUGCUGUUUGAGCUGAGAGAUGGCACCUGAUAAAACUGACUUUAAAAGCACCUGAUGACUGAUCCAUCAGGAGUGUGUGUAUGACUGUGUCUUUGUGCUAGGGAUUGGUGUAUACUGUCCUUUGCCUUUAUUUGAGCAUAUUAUAAAUCACAUACAUGAUUGUAAUGAAAUCAUUAACCAUAGAAGGAUCUACUUGAGGAUCUGAAUUUUGGCUGACAUUUUCCUAUGUGAGAAGCAGCUUUUAAAAUAGUUUAUAUAAUUACUGUUUUGAUGCUUAGCACCUCAGGAUGUAACUGGAAAUUCUCAUAUAGAAAGUCUGUACUAAAAUGUCAUACAUUUGACUCCUGGACAGGAUAACUUUUAAAAUGGCUCCAGUUUGCUUGGUUUUAACCUAAUUGGAACAAACCUAACUGAUUUAAUGUGGUGGGAAAAGAUAACCCAUUAUAGAGCUCUUCUUCAAGGAUGAGCAACAUUUACACGGGUUCUGAAUGCUUGGUGGGGAGAGAGGUACCACACAACUGAAAUUCAUCUUUCCUCAAGGUUUUUUUAACACACAGAGGAAGCCCUUAACAAAGGGGGUCUCAUAUCUUCCUUAACCACCCUAUUGUCUUUGUAGCUCUAAACAAGAUCAUGGUUUUGUGCAGAGAAAUCAUUCAGCUUUUGCUGCAGCAGUUGCUGCUACUGAGCUGUAACAAACUGGAGUGGAAGAGCAGUUGUUACAUGAGAGCUGUAACUGCUGUAGCAAAAGCUGUAGUGUCAGCAAAUCUUGUCCACCUUGCAGCCUGGGAGCAGAUCUGUAGUGGAGAAGGGAUUUCAAUGCCUCUGUUUCCUCCUUUACCUUUUUUAAUCUUGUUUCUCAAGUACACACCACAGAGGCUACUAGCACUUCCUGUCCCUUUGGGAAGAACUUAGUGUGUGAAAGCAGAUAAUUUCUUCUGGGUGUGGAAGUGGCUGUGCAGAUCCUCAUUCAGUGUUUCAUAGGUAGAUAUGGAAAAGACAGAUGUUUAUGUGCUGUGGAGGUUUGGAGAAGGAAGAAUUGUGUUUAUAGCAUGAGCUAAAGCAGGAGGGGAAAUGCCCUUAAGAUGUCCAUACCCACUUCAGUUGUCUCAACCUUUUUGUGACAAGCCUGCUGUCCCUUCUGGUCCUGUACUGUGACUUUUAUUGUGUAUGUGCUCUCCAGGGCAGUUGAUGACAGACUUCAGUGGCAGUGACUGAGUCUGUCCCUGGGUGCUCAGCUGCUCUGCAGCUUGCAAGGGGCUUUUUAAAGGAAUCUGCACUGAUCAGUUGAGCUGAAAACACUGAACUGUUCAGAAAUGGACAACUCAGGUAAGGAAGGAGAUUUAAUCCAUCAUCCAGUCUCACUGUCUCCUAACUGGCUGGUACUUAGAGAAAUCAAGCUAAUUAAAGUGAGUUCAUCUGUGAAAUAACACACUACAGGUUUGAAGGUAAGAUAUCAAUCCUGUCACAGGGCCUAAAAGGCUUCUGAAAAUUGCUAUAUAAUAAAGCCUUAGCCACUCAUUCAGCAGGGUCCAUCUACUUAAAUUCAGCUGAUGGGAACCUAGCAGAAAGGUCUCAAACCUAUAGAAUCCUGUUUAUUUUCAACACUUCCAAGCUACAAAAUUGCCUGUGAAAUGUCAUUUUCCUCACUUGAAAGCCAUGAAGUUUAUCUGGGUAAAGACUUCAAGCUUUGGCAUUCAGGUUUGCAAGACUGGGAGGAAGUAUUGGGGGAAGAAGGAUGUAAAUGUUUAAUUUCCCGUCUUACCAAUAUUCUUUAGACUUCAGAAAGACUGGACAGAAUAAAAUGACAACAUUCCUAAUAUAUCUGCUAGUGUAUCAAAAUCAAAGUGAAGUUUGAACAUGAUUUCUUAGUAUGUCACUAGGCUAUGAACACUUCCUAUGUGAGGGGGUGGGAGGGAAAUUGUGGUAUUGUUACUCUGUAAAUGCAUUUUAUUUGGAAGCUUGGAUAUUUUUCCAAGCACAGGAAGUGCAGAGUAUUGUAGAUGCUCUUUCUGUGUGACAUCACGUGAUCCUGUGAAAUGUUGCCAAAACAAAUGGGGACCUUCAUGCCAAGAACUGCUUUAAAGAGCCAAGUGCCUCCUACCACUGACAGCUACCCUUUAAAAUGUCCACUGCAAAAGGGUUUCCUGGGAGAAGUCCCACUACCUUCAUUAUUCAAUUUUUUCCUACAGUUUUUUGGGUAGAAAUCAAAACACAUCAUUUACUCCAAAGAUUGAUUAGCUUUUUUUGCUAAUUGAAGUUGGUAAUGUGUGACUUGUAUCAUUUCAACACAGCUAAAGCCAGGUUAUGAGUGUAGGAGCACAGAAUCUGAAAGAUUUGCAAAAUGUCUGCUUCUAAGAUUAGAAUAAAGGUUAGAACUGGAAAAAUGUUGUUACUGUGAGCCAAGAUACUAAAAUAUCCCUUGCAUAACCAGGAGAAAAAAAGAGGAGCAGGGGAAACCUUAUUGUUGUGUAGCUUCAUUUAAGUAAGAAAGGAGUGCCUACUUUUCAGAAGGAAUGUUGAAAUAUUGGUUAAGGCACAGAACCACAGAUGAUUCAGAGGAAGAGAAAAGGUUGUGCAAGAGCUCAUUUUGUCUUGCAUUAAGAGGACUGAUUAAUAUGUGUCUCUUGAAGAUUGAAAACCUCCCAGAGGCCUCCCUGCCAUAGCAGGACAAUGCUGAGCAACAACAAGUAGCCUAAACCUGAAGUUAAUUUUAAAAAGGCACACAUUUUUAACAGGAAGAUUGUGCUUUUUCCCCUUAUUAUAACACACUAGGUGUGGAGAUAACAAAUUCACCGUCUCUAUCUUCAAAUCUAAAACAUUAUUUCACCUCUGGAGAAGGCAGCUUGUUUUAAUAAGUUACAGGGUUUGACCCAUUAGAACUUAAUGAAAUAUAAUGGCAUGAGCUAACAGGAAAUAAUUUAGUGGUUCCUUCUGGCUUCAAACCUGUGAUGUAUUUACAUGCAGUAUUUGUUGGAGUUUUUCAGUUUUCAUGUAGCUGCUUUAAUUAUAGGGACGUGCUGUGUCAGCUAAACCUGCACAGCAAGGUUACACAAGGUAAAACAAAACCAAAACUUAAAAAAAAAUCCCUGGUUAUCUUCCUAUAUCCCAAUCUGCAGUGAUUCCCAAGUGAAUUGAUGUGACUGCACUAAGGCAGAUCAACACUUCUCACAGGUGUUAGAAUGAGUCUAAACAGUAAUAUAAUAUAUGCUUGUAUGCAGUGGCUAUAUUUAAAUAGCUCAUGUAAAUAGGAUUAUCAGUUCAGAAACCCAUACAUGUUACCACUGUGGAUGGACUCUGGGCAGCCUGAUCUUCUGCAAUUGAAAUGUUUCUAUGUAGACCAGGAAUUCUUUGAUAAUCAGUAUUUUUGAGUCUAGCUGGGAGCAACAUGCCUGUGGACUUUGUUCUGGUAGAUGUGUUCAUACUCAUGCAGAGUGAUGUUGUUCAGACUUUUAAUGAAAGCUUACAAACACAUUUAAUAUGAUGUGCUAGAAUGUGUUUGUGCCUGCUCAAAAUCCUAAUAAAGGUGUCCUAUUUCUCCCCAUUCAAAGUGGUAUCAUAGGCCAUUACUAUAUUAUGGACAUUUUAAGAGUUUUCUUUCAAAUUUUUCUGCAAUAUUUUGCUUUUCUAUUUUCUGGUUGCUUUAAAUUGUAAGAAAAUAUCCCCUUUACUCCCUAAAGACUUUUCCUUAAAUGUGCAAGUCUAGCUGUAGGAAUAUACACAUUUUUAGUCUGUGGACUGUGCAGGUUUAAAAAAUGGGAUUAUGCACCAAAACAUUUUUGGACACAGUGUAUAAGGUGUGAGUGGUGGGAGCUGCAGUGAUACCUUUUGACUGCUGUCUUUGUAAGGAUUCAGACAAAAAGAGCAAAGUUUAGAUUCUUAGCUUGCAGCGAAAGUUAAGGAGUUGCUGUCCAAAACAGGCCAUCAGAGGUAACCAAUAUUUAACCCCCUGGCAGGAAAUGUUCCUGCUGUGAGCUGAAGGAUUUGAGAGGAGUGUGGUGGGCUCCUGGUAUUUCCCAUUUAGCACCAGGUGAGCUGCUGGAGAAAGGGCAUCUUUGAAUAUGGGGCAGAGUGGCUGCCCUUCAAGUUAGCUCCAGAAAUACAGCUUGAAAACCAGAGCCCUCAGUAGGGUUGGCUGUUCACUUGCACUGACUAAAUUGCAUAUUUUAAGAAUUGCGAUGCUGUUGGACUGGGGACAGAUGUGUAAAUACAGAUUAUUCAGGUUUAUUCAGAAAACCCAGAAGAGAUUUUAACACAGAAGUGCUUCAAUGUUAAAGUAAGACAAUUAUUAACUGCACAGGCAUGAAGGGAUUCAUUCUUGAUUUUAAUAAAAAGCUCAGGAUUUCCCCUGGUGAAGCAUGUCUGGGAUUUGCUGAAUGCUCCUGUGUUGAUUCAGAGAUUGCUUUCCUUUCACUGUAGACAUUUAUCUCAGUAUGGCAUCACUUCUAAACCAUCCAGUACAGACGUUUUUCCUCUUCAGUCCUGGCUUGGCUGGGCAGGGAAUGCUGCUCAUCUCUGAAAUGUCUCUGAUAACAGGGCUAUGAUGCAUCUUUGGGACUUCCUUGAAAAGUGAGGAUGAUCAGCACAGUCACUUAAAAUACUGAACCAAGUAUUAUGUUUAAGACAGGGGAAGGAAGAAAUUAUACAAGACUAGAUUGAAAACAUGGACUAUAAAAUACAUAUAUUCAUCUUUUGUUAUGGUAAGUAUCUAAAGCCUGUGAAGUCUCUGAAAAGUUCUCAGCUUGAAGUAUAGAAAAGGCUUUUCCAGGAAGUGCCAGUGUGUGCUCAGGUUAUCAAGAGAUUGUUCUGAUGUGUAGAAAGCAAUUUAGGUCAACAGCUGGGGCAGGAGCUGCAAUCAGGAGCUGCUCCAGAGGCACUGGGUGAAGUUCACAUGAAGAUGUGUCCUGGUGCCAGCUGGAAAGGAAGGACAGACACUUCUGUGUCACUUGAUCUGGGCAGUGAGGACCUGAGAGCUGUGCAGUGAGAAGACAGGAUCAAGAAUGAGGUUUCCACCCAGCCAGCCAAGCUGUAGAGAGCAAAGGGAUCGUGAUCCCAUCAGCCACAGUCAUGGCUGUGUGUGCAGCAAAAGGAGCUCACAAACGCCAGGCCAGGCCAUACAAAUGCUGGCAGUGUAAUUGUGUUGGUAAAACACGAGCAAGUCAGCACAGCCCAGAAAAUCAGCACCACUUCACUGCUGAGAGACUGUGAACUGUGGGCCACACUGAUUCCCUCACAGCCAUGUUCAACUGCAGCACUGACGGGGAUUUUUCUGGGAUUGCUUCACCAGUAAUGCCUUUUAGAGCCCAAUCAGCUCCUGAGGAGCCAGAAAGAGAAAUAAUGGGGAGCUGUGUCUUCAGAAACUGCCUAUUCCUCUUAGAAACACUUCUGCCUUUGAGCCACUUUGAUGAAGAAUGUUGAGAUGAAGUCAUUGUUUGUGCUUCAGAGCACAGCUGAGGUCAGGAGCAGGACUACAGAGCCACCAGGGUGGUGAAGUCAGGGACAGUUGGGUAUCUUUGGUGUGGAACUUGUAAUUAGUGUUGAAAAUUACACAAGAAAGAAGGGAAGGAGCAAGGGGCAGAUAAUUGAACCUUUGGGGAGCCCACAGAGAAACAAUGUUGGCAUGGAGCUAAAGGUGAUUUACAGAACACAAACAGCUGUUAGAUAACUGGAAGCAAAAGCACAAGAAGAGGCAGAGAUGCUCAGAGCUGGAUCUCAGAGGGGUGAGCCAGGAGGAACAGGAGAUGUGCAGUAAGUGCUGCACUUGUAUCAAAGGCUGC